AUGGAUCCACGACGGUCUCUGGUUUCGAUUGCAUUAAUUUUAUUAGUGACAACACGUAUCCAUGGCCAAAUGCGACCAAUAAAAAUCGGAGCAAUUUUUCACAAAGGCGAAGAAGAUCUUCAAUCUGUAUUCUUAAAAGCAAUCUCUGACACAAAAAACGAAAACCGUACAUUCAUAUUUGAACUUAUAGCAGUCAUUAAGUACAUCGAAGGCAAUACCAAUAGCUUCAUGACUGCUAUAGCUGCUUGUGAACUUCUUGAAGAAGGUGUGGCAGCCAUUUUCGGGCCUUCAAGUCGGUAUACUAGUGGCAUAGUUGCGAGCAUUACAGCGAGAUUUGAUAUUCCCCAUAUAGAGUAUGUUUGGCGAGGAAGCGAAGGAAAGAAAAACCAAAAGAAGGCUUCAUCAUUAAUGACUAUAAACAUAUUCCCUGCCAGUGAACAAGUCAGCCAGGCUAUCGCCGAUGUCAUUGAUUCAAUAAACUGGCGAAAAUUCGCAGCGAUUUACGAAACUGAUGAAGGACUGUCACGUCUUCAGAAAACUUUGAUUCUAAACAGAAACAAGGAAGGUCCGAUUAUACAUACAGCAUGGAAGCUUGACAAAGGGCCGGAUUAUCACUCAAUGCUUAAACAGAUACGCUAUUUGUCAGUGCGCAAUAUAAUUAUCGAUGUUAAGCCGGAAAAUAUCAUGGAAGUGCUCUAUCAGGCAAAGGAAGUCAGUUUACUAGCAGAUUAUUUCGACAUCGUAAUUACAUAUUUGGAUUCAUCCAUGCUACCUAUUAUCGAGAUGCUAAAAGAUACUUUUAAUAUCACUGGACUGAGCAUAAGAGAGAAUGAUGACAUAGAAGGAAUUGAUUCGCUAGAUUCAGCGGUCCUCUAUGACGCAGUAUUUUUGUUGCAUACAGCAUUAGAGACUCUAAAUACAAGAAAUAUUGAAAAUGAAGUAGAUAUGUCCAUUGAUCCUAUACCACUUUCUUGUACUAAUAGUACUAGAAAGUAUCAAGUAGGACCUAAUAUUAUUAGCGUUAUGCGAGAGAUAUCAAAGAGAGGAAAGAUAACAGGCAUUAUGUACAUUGAUGAAUAUGGUCGUAGACGAGAUUUUAAUGUAAAAAUCUUGAAUUUUCGACAACUGGGUAUGAUACAAACCGGUUAUUGGAAUACAUUUAAUGGUGUCAAACAGAUUAAGAAGGAGGAAGAUAUCUAUAUAUACAGAAGAUUCAUGGAAGAGAAGAUAUUCAAGAUUAGUGUACACAAAAAUGCACCCUACAUUAUGGAAGUGAUCGAUGGUUCAACGCGAGGAGUAUUAAUUGAUCAAAAACGCUAUGAAGGUUAUUGCAUCGAUCUGGUUAAUGCAAUUGCAGAAUAUCUAGAUUUUAAAGGCGUAAUAUUCCAACUCGUAACUGAUGGAUAUGGCAGUUAUAAUCCAGAAAAGAGGACUUGGAAUGGUUUAAUCAGGAGCAUUCUGGACCAUGAAGCCGAUCUUGCUGUAUCUGAUUUAACGAUAACAUCCCUCCGCAUGACUGUUGUGGAUUUCAGUUUGCCUUUCAUGACCACGGGUUACAGCAUUGUGUUUAGCAAACCGGAAAAGCAAACGUCAUCUUUUUUCCCAGUCUUAGCGCCUUUCUCUAAAGCAGUAUGGCUCUAUAUGGCUAUUGCUUGUUUCCUCGUAUCGAUAAUGUUAUUUCUUCAAGCAAGAAUGGCACCCGAGUGGAACAAUCCGCAUCAUCUGUACAAUACUGAUUCCGAAGAACUCAAAAAUAAUUUUAACUUCAAAAACUCGUUCUACUUAAUUAUUGCUUCUUUUAUGCAACGAGGUUCAAACAUACUACUCAAAACAUCAUCCCUGCGCAUGCUUGCAAGCAUAUGGUGGUUCUUUACUUUGAUCAUGUACAGCUUAUAUAUAGCGAAUCUAGCCGCCUUUCUCACUGUGGACAAAAUAGGCAUACCUGUUAAAGGAAUUGAGGGCCUGGCCAGACAGACAAAAAUUAAAUAUGGUAUACAAAAGGGUGGCGCAACAGAAUCAUUCUUCCAAAAUUCGAGUUACUCAACGUACAAACAAAUGUGGGAUACAAUGGUGAAUUCUAAGCCAAGCGUAUUUACAUCAAGUUACGAAGAAGGCAUCAACCGAGUUAUCCACGGCGAACGACGAUAUGCCUUUAUCAUGGAAAGUGGCAGUAGUGAAUAUUACAUAGACCGCAAAUGCGACUUAAUUAAAAUAGGCAGCGUGAUCGAAAGCAGAGGGUACGGCAUUGCUAUGCCACGCGAAUCUCCUUAUAAAAACCAUAUUAACCGUGCGAUCGUGAUGAUUAACGAGAGAGGUUUACUACACAAACUCAAAAUAAAGUGGUGGCAAGAAAGAGAAGGAGAUUUGUGCAAAAAAGAUGAAAUUAAUGCAAGCACACACGAAUUAGGGAUGACAGGUCUUGGAGGUGUAUUUUUCGUUCUAAUAUGUGGUUGCAGCGCUUCAUUCUUUAUCGCAAUUUGUGAAUUUCUGUGGAAUAUACCUAAAGUCGCUGUGGCAGAGAAGAUUACUCUGUGGGAGGCGCUAGUUGCCGAGUUGAAAUUUACCGUGAAUAUCUUCGCAAUUACGAAACCCGUUAAAAUUAUCAAGAGGAGCAACAGAAACAUAAAUUCCAGGGAGGUGUAG